AUGCCUCUCGAUACAUCGACCACGUACCCCCUUACCAAACUGCGCCUUGAUGGCCGCCGGUGGAACGAGCUUCGUCUUCUCCAAGCGCAGAUCUCCACAAACCCGGCCAGUUCGGGGUCGUCUUAUCUGGCCAUGGGAAAUACAACUAUUAUGUGCUCAGUUCACGGUCCUGCGGAAGGGCGCCGUGGAGAUGCAACCGGUGGUGCAGCAGGUUCUUCGGGAGCAGUGGUAGAAGUCGAUGUCAACGUCGCUGGAUUCGCGGGAGUUGAUCGCAAAAGAAGGGCGGGAGGAAGCGACAAGCAAUCUUCGCGCAUUGCCACUACUCUACGGGCUGCGUUCCAGUCUCAUCUUCACACUUACCUUUAUCCGCACAGUACUAUCAGCAUCCACGUUUCGGUACUAUCCGCCGAUGGCUCUCUGCUUGCCGCUGCUAUCAAUGCUUGCACCCUAGCACUUGUAGAUGCAGGUAUCCCUAUGCCAGGCUUACUCUGUGGCUGCACCGCCGGGAUGAGUGGAAGUGCCUCUACCCCCCGUGAUCCUCGAAACGACGAACUGGAUCCGCUUCUGGAUCUGUCUUUGCCGGAGGAACAGGAGCUCCCAUUCCUCACCGUGGGCACUACAACCUCUGUGCCGGUGGGUGAGAAUGCGAUGGAUGACGACGAGGAAGAUAUGAAAGUGUCCAUGUUGAACAUGGACUCGAAAGUACAUUGCACCUAUGUCGAGACGAUGCUUGCUGUUGGGAUUGAUGGCUGUAAUCAGAUACGAGAGAUCUUGGAGGGAGUCAUCAAAGGGUCCAACCAGGCACGGUAG